CAAUUUGGCAGGUAGCAACUGGGGAGUGUGCACCUGCCACCAGUCGAGCUCAGCCAGACUGUGAGAAGAGGCGAGGCGGAGCAAGCCAAGGGAGUGGGUGAACCAUGGACAGAUUGAAGUGCCCGAGCUUCUUCAAGUGCAGAGAGAAGCAGAAAGUGACAGCUUCAUCUGAGAACUUCCAUGUUGGUGAAAAUGAUGAAAAUACAGACCGUGGUAACUGGUCCAAAAAAUCGGAUUAUCUUCUGUCUAUGGUUGGAUAUGCAGUGGGAUUGGGAAAUGUGUGGCGAUUCCCAUAUCUGACUUACACCAAUGGUGGAGGUGCUUUCUUGAUACCAUAUGCAAUUAUGCUAGCAUUGGCUGGUUUACCUUUGUUCUUCCUGGAAUGUUCACUGGGACAAUUUGCUAGCUUAGGUCCAGUUUCAGUUUGGAGGAUUCUGCCAUUGUUUCAAGGUGUCGGAAUCACAAUGGUCCUGAUAUCCAUUUUUGUGACAAUCUAUUACAACGUCAUAAUCGCCUACAGCCUUUACUACUUGUUUGCUUCUUUUCAAAGUGUACUACCAUGGGCCAAUUGUUCUUCUUGGGCAGACGAUAACUGUAGCAGAUCGCCAAUAGUAACCGGCUGUAAUGUGAGUACAGUAACAGGAGAGAUGUUUAUGAAUAUAAGCUGGGUAACUCUCAACAACCUGACCUGCUUGAAUGGUAGUGAAAUUUUUCAGCCAGGACAACUUCCCAGUGAACAGUAUUGGGACAAAGUGGCUCUACAGCGGUCAUGUGGAAUGGAAGAAACUGGAGUAAUUGUGUGGUAUUUAGCACUUUGUCUUCUUCUGGCUUGGCUCAUAGUUGGAGCAGCAUUGUUUAAAGGAAUAAAGUCCUCUGGUAAGGUGGUAUAUUUUACAGCUCUUUUCCCAUAUGUGGUUCUCCUAAUUCUGUUAAUACGAGGUGCAACUUUGGAGGGUGCAUCAAAAGGCAUUUCAUAUUACAUUGGAGCGCAGUCAAAUUUUACAAAACUGAGAGAAGCUGAGGUUUGGAAAGAUGCUGCUACCCAGAUAUUUUAUUCCCUUUCUGUCGCUUGGGGUGGCCUAGUCGCUUUAUCAUCUUACAACAAGUUUAACAACAACUGUUAUUCUGAUGCCAUUGUAGUUUGCUUGACAAACUGCCUGACUAGUGUGUUUGCUGGGUUUGCGAUUUUUUCUAUAUUGGGACAUAUGGCUCAUAUAUCUGGAAAGGAAGUCUCUCAAGUUGUAAAAUCAGGUUUUGACUUGGCAUUCAUUGCCUAUCCAGAAGCUCUAGCCCAACUCCCAGCUGGUCCAUUUUGGUCCAUAUUAUUUUUUUUCAUGCUUUUAACACUGGGUCUGGAUUCUCAAUUUGCUUCUAUUGCUAAGAAAUGGUUUGGCACAGAGGCCAUUCUAGUUUGGUCACUGGUGAAAUUUCACAGACCCGAUUAUGGUGAUAUUCCAUAUCCUGACUGGGGAGUUGCCCUAGGCUGGUGUAUGAUUAUUUUCUGCAUUAUUUGGAUACAAAUUAUGGCAAUCAUAAAAAUAAUCCAGGCUGAAGGAAACAUUAUUCAACGUAUCAUAAGCUGCUGUAGACCAGCUUCUAACUGGGGCCCAUAUCUGGAAAAACAUCGUGGGGAGAGAUAUAAAGACAUGGCUGAACCUUCAAAGGAGACUGACCACGAAAUCCCCACUAUUAGUGGCAGUAGAAAGCCAGAAUAAGAUGUGCCUUUUGAGAAAUAUCUGAUUGUUAUAUAAUGUGAUUUUCUAGGGAAAUAUUUUAAUUUAUUUGUGCAUCAAUCAAGCAGAGAAAUGUACACGCCACGCUCAGUACAGAGUUGUAAGUACUUUUAUCACCUAAUCAAGAAUGAAAUAUAAAAUGUGAAUCUAUGAAUGUGGACGGAUGUGCUUGUUUCACUUUAGGAUUAGUUAUUUGUUAACACAUAUAUCCAGAUCUAUUUUAUAAUGACAUCUGGUAAACCCAGUUGUUUUACAAUGACAUUUUGUAAAUAUUAUUGUAAUAUUUCUUUCUCUUUUUUUAGUAUACUGAAGGUUUUCUGUGAGAUGAUUACUUAGGAAGUAGUCACACUUUGUAUUUGGUGAUUUUAAAGACAUUAUUUGUUUCUGCAGUCUUAAUAUUCAUUUUUAUUAUUCAUAGAAUGGGGAAACAAUAAGUCAUUGUAGUUAAAAGCAAGUGUUACACAAAGUCAUCUCAUUUACAAGUCACAAAUGGGGUCUUGAGAGGUUUCUCAGUGGUUAAGAGCAAUGCCUAUGGCAGAAGACGUAGGUUCAAAUCUCAGCAUCCACAUGAUGACAAAUACUGUCUGUAAUUCCAGUCCCAGGAGUUACAGGAGUCUUCUUCUGACUUCCAUGACACUGUACGCAUAUGGUGUGCAUACAUGCAGGCAAAACACGCCCACACAAAAAUACAAGCAAAUAAAUCUCGUUUAAAAAGGAAUUUCACAAGUAUGUAGGGAGAGAUCUAUAUAUGAUACGGACUGUUUAAUACCUAUGAUCCAAAUAUGUCCAAACAUGUCAUCCAUUUAUUAUGGUUCACAUUCUCUAUGUAAACUUUGAAGUUAUUUUUAGAGUGAAAUGAGACAAAAAUGAUGAACAGGUGGUCAGAAAAGGAUAAGUCUAGAAAAUGUAAUAUUGAAGUUUUGAGUAUAUCUUACUAUUCAUAGUAUCUUUCUUCUUCAGGUUGUAUUUGGAAUAAAACCAUGACUCAUUUAAUUUCUUUCUUUAUAUUUUAUUUUUUAUUCAUUUCACACACCAACCACAGAUACCCUUCCUUACCCUUCUUCCCUUCCCUUCCUUAUGCAUGUCCACCCUGAUCCACUCCACAGAAAGGGUAAGGCUUCCCAUGGAGCGUCAACAAAGGCUGGCACAUUCAGUUGAGGCAGGACCAAGCCUCUCCCUCCCCUGCUUCAAGGCUGAGCAAGGCAUUCCACCACAGGGAAUGGGUUUUAAAAAGCCAGCUCAUGGCUUAUAAUAAUGUAAUAAGUAGUUCAUUACAUUCUCUGAAUUCUAAAUUUAACUGCAGAUAGUAUUUGCAUUAAAUUGUUACUGAUCUGGCAUUUUUAUAAUGAUAUAUAUCUAACAGAUGAAGGGAAAUAAUCUUGUCUUUUAUGUUUUUGUUUUGGUUUAAGAGUAAUAAAGUAUUCAUAUAUUAAUUGAUGCUAAUUGUUAACUAAUAAUAAAAAUUUAAAUAAAGUAUUCAUAUAUUAAUUGUUAAUUUCUAAUUAGUUGUCACCAAUAAAAUUUUUGUACUCUGGUUUACU